AUGGAAAUUCCUAGGAUAUUUAAUCCAUCUCGCCGCAAAGGACUUCACAAAGAAAGGCUGCAAAUGUCAGGAGAAGACUAUGCAGAACUUUUUAAGAUCUCAAUCUUGUUUCAAGACGCAAUAAAGAUCAUUUUAGACAGAAGAGAAGAUAAACCGCUAGAUUUAUUACAGGAAUAGUAAAAUUAACGCAGUUUUUCAGUAGCGCUUAAAGGAGAACACGUGCUUUUAAGGGAUUUUUCCUUUAUUAGCUCUUCACAGUACAAUCGCAGCUGUUUUAUAAAUCAAGUAGCUAAAAUUUUUCAUACAAAUCCUUAUUUCAAAAUUAUAACAGCGCUUGAUUACCAUCAGUGCUUAUGUCUCCUUUGUUCAGAUUUUCCAAGAUCAUUGGUAUUGGAAGUCUCUAAAAUAGUACCAGUACACCCAAGCUACCAAAAUAACUCUGACUCCCCCCCCCUCGAAGUUCGACCAAGAUUUUUUUGGUCGAACUUCGAGGGAGGUUAAGAAAAAUUUUUUAAAAAAAAUUAUAUAGAUUUUUUUUUAUAUAAAUUUAGUAGUUAAAAAAAAAAAAUAUUUAUCAUAUUCUUCUGUAUGGUUGAGAGGGUGUAAGGGUUAAAAAAAAAUAGUGCAAGAUGGUUUUGUAACGUUUUUUUUAGAACUUGAAUACAAAAAUCGCAAUCUCACCCCCACAUGGUUUAAAAUUUUUGAAAAAUUGCUUAUUUUCCUAGUAAAUUUAUAUAGGUCUUGGUCGAACUUUGAGGGGGGUUAAUUUUCAAAAAAAUAGGAAUUUUCCCUAUAUCUUGGUCGAAACUUCGAGGGGGGGGAGUGAGAAACCAGAAAAUUAUAUUUCCACUCUUUCGAAUGAGCCAAGCCUCUUUGAUAAAUUUGACAUUGAGGAAUUUAGACAAGGCGCGGAAAUGUUUUUUUUCUAUUCGGAAUUUAUGGAAAAACUGAAAACUUUAUUUUCUGAGCUUUCAAGUGGAGAUUUUUCAAUUGAAAAUGAAGUUAUGAUAUCUCUUGCUUAUUCAGGAAUCAAUUCAAUUUAUUCAAGAACGAGGUUUUCUUUAUUUUUAUUCCCACCAAUUGAAAUCGUGCAGGAAGCUUUGCUAUCGAAAGCUCAAGGCAAGUUGCAGCUUCCAUUAGAUGAACUGUAUCUAGUUGAUGAAAUAGGAGACAAGCUAAACGCAAGUGGGGCAAUCGGCUAUAAAGAUUUAUGCUUAGCUUUAAUGAAGAAUCCAGAGAUUGCGCUUGAAAUAGAGAGGCAAUAUCAAAUUCCUAACAAUCAUGAAUAGUUAGCAAGGUGGUAGCUGCAAAGUAUGUCAUUGAUGGCAACACACCACUUUUGGAGCCAAAAUAGCUUUAUAGCCUAAAACAAGGCUCAAACCCUUUAGUCCUAACAUUUAGCUUGCCUAGAAUAGUGGCACGGGAUGGGUAAGUCUUGGAAGUCUGCUGAUGGCGAUUAUAGUCCUAGUAUUAGUUAUCCGGAUGGUUUUUAGGCAGGGUUCUUUCCAUGCCGGCUUCAGAGGAGAGCUCUAUUUUUCGUGGAUGCCCUUCCUCCUCAAGUUCCAGACAGGAAGCAUCAGGCUAAGCUUUGCCUUCAUAGUACCCGCAAAAUGUGAAGCAAGAAGAGGAGUCUUUCUAGCCUUUUAGACUCAGGGAUAUCGGUGCAAGUCCCAAGUCCCAGGAGUAGACAAUUGCUGAGAUAGGGUUCAGGUGAUCGAAUCCUUCGGGCAAGCAGAUUUCAAUGGUCGUAAGCAUGUGGAGGCAUCAAAUCUGGAAGACUUUUAAAAAAACUUUUAAGUUAAGUUAACAAUCAUGAAGAAGAGCUUAAAAAGCUUGCAACUGAAGAGCCAAGCAGUAUAGAGCCUUCUUCUCAGAGCUCAAGGAGAGUAAGGACGAAGAAAAAGCGAUAA